AUGGAGACUCUACCUCGAAAGAACCCCAUCCAUGACCUUAUUCCUAGUCCUGGGGAUUGGGACAUUCGCAUUCGCAUUCGCAUUCACAUUCACAUACUAUCGCAAGAUCAAGAUACCCCCCAUCACCCCCUCCCCAACUUCAACUGGGAAACCACCGAACCACUCCUGCUCCGUCCCUUCAAGCCAAAAUACCACUUGACGAUGGCCCUCUCCACCAUCCCCAUCUCAGAGCUCAUCCCCAUGGACAACACCUACAAAGAGCGGAUGGCGCUGCGCGGCUCUCUACUAAAGGAGUACCCCGACGUGGUACUCGGCGUGCACGAUGAAACUGAUCCGCGGAUCCGCCGCGCAGUAGGUGAAUUGUACGGCUUUAUUAUGGGGACGUAUCUGCCCGCGCGGUAUCCGACGAUGUUUUCCCUUUCGGGCACCAAGUCGGUGGUGUUGCAGAAUAAGGUCUUGGGGAAGACGUAUCCCGUAGACAUGGAAGAGGGGAUGUCUGUCCUCAGAGCCCUAGAGAGCCUGGGCCAGACAGUCGAUGAGGAAUUCCUUAUCCUCUUGCCUGAGAAGACGCAGGACGCCGGGGGAGAAGAGAGAUAUUUCCUAGCGGCGUACACCGCAUACUUUCCCUCAGGGUUCGACACGCGCACGAAACUUGGUCUGCGGCUUUCAGCAAUCCAUGACCCGGUCCCCGGGUACAAGGAGAAGCUGGAGCGGAGCAUGGAUCGGUUCUUUGCGCGCGUGGAGGUGGGGAAGGUCGUGGCGAGGGUGAACUGGAGUAUUACGACGGAGACGGGGCUGUUUGCUGCGUUUGGGGGCGUGCAUGGCUCUGCUGCGGCUGGGAAGGAGGAGAUUGAGCCGGGGAUGUUGGAUGUUGAUUCGACGGUUGUCCGGUGUGAGCGGCAGACGCUGCAUCGGCUGCCUCGGAGCAAGGCGCUGGUCUUUGCGUUCCAUACGUACACGUAUCCUCUGCAGACGAUCAAGGAGGAAGGGCUGGGCGAGGAGCUGGCGACGGCGAUUGAUGGGUUGAAGGCGGGCAAUGUGCCCGGGAUGCAUUGGUACAAACGGGUUUCUGUAUGGGGCGAGGCCGUCAAGCACUUUCUACGUAAUUGA